GCGAGGGAACGAGGCGGAACGAGUGGCGGCGCGUUGCUCCGGGGUUUGCCCCGCUUCACGGCCGCCCUCUGCUCGCGGCCCCUGGCGGCCGGCACGGGCAGCCGCCUGCGGCGCAUGCGCGGCGGCGUCGCCUGCUCCGCCGGGAGCGCACGGCAGAGUUCGGGGGCAGCGAGCGGGGUGGCGGCAGCGUUCGGCCACCUCCGCCGCCCACACACGGUCCGCCGGCAGAUCUCCGUCUCAGGCGGCAGCGUGUUCUUAACAGAGAACAAAGCCAAUUCUGUGUUAAAAAGAUACCCAAGAGCCAACACAUUUUUGGAAGAAUUAAAGCAAGGUGACAUAGAACAUGAAUGCAGAGAAGAAAUCUGUAGCUAUGAAGAAGCAAGAGAAGCAUUUGAAAAUGAGGAAAAAACGAAGGAGUUCUGGAAAGUCUACAAAAAUGGACUUCAGGGAGAAAGUAACACAGGACAUAACUGGUAUUCAUUUUACCUUGCAUUUCCAUUAAUCAUUGGCCUUUUUAUUAUCCUCAUUGUCAUUUUUGUCAUAUGGAGAUGCCUAUUUAAAAAGAAAAUGCGUAGACAGUCCGUGUACAUGCAUAGGGGAGCCCACGAAGCGAUGGGUGAUGGUGCUGUGGCUGAUGGCAGAGGUCCCGUUCCGCCGCCUCUCAGCAUUGUUCAUUCCCCACAGGACGAAAUGUAUGAAGUCAGUGGGCUCUCUCCAGGAGGUCUAAGCUAUAUGGAUGGACGGUCAGACUCAAUUUCCACAAGGUUCUCAAACUGUGAUCCUCCUCCUUCAUAUGAGGAAGCCACUGGUGAAGUCAGUAUAAGAAGCGAAACUGAACAACAUUUAGAUCCACCCCCGCAAUACGAAGACAUUGUGAAUUCCAGUUCAGCAAGUGCAGUUGCAAUUGCACUAACUCCUGUUGUCAGCAGUACUAAGUAAAGGAAGAAGAAUCGUAUGGACUUUCAAAAAAUUACUAAUCAUUUUGUAGCACUUUAUCUUGGCUUAUUAUGCAUUUCGGUAAUUUAAUGGACUUUUACAAUGAACUUCACCUUUGGUUUAGAUUCACUUGUUCUUUGGAUUUGGGAUUUUUUUCUCCUACAGCAGGUCUUAAAAGAUACUGUAUUGAGAGUGUAUUGCAGGUACAAGUGUGGUGCUCUGUCAUACUUCUCAAAAGUACCUCUGCCUUGAGACACGUCACUUGUUUCAUUCUGAACGUUGCCCACGUUCCCCGCAAAAUUUGUGGAGUUCCCCUCCCCUUUCUCACUGUAGACUGUCAGAAUUGCCUGGAAUAGGCAAUCCUUAAGCAACAUUUUAGAUAGUUUUUUACACUGAAGGGAACUGAUUUUGCAGUAUUGCUAUUGCCUUUUGUCUGAUUGGUUCCUUUUUCUCACUUGAAUUUUUGUUAUAUGCUGUAUCCUAUCCUGGGCCCUUGGAAGGCUGAGAGCAGAAUGCCUCUGUGUUCAAACCAGUGUCUCAUUAGAGUAUGCUGGCUCAAUAGCAAUAAUUUCAGAGUCCUAGCAGAAGAAACGUAUUCUUAAGCUUUUGCUAUUACAGCUCAAAAUUCUGUAAAUUUCCAGAAGCUGACAAUUCAACAUACUAAUUAGUGAAUUUAAGAGUGUACUUUUUUUGUCUGUGUUCUGCCUUUCCUCUCUGUUUUCCUGACUGUUUUUACUUGUGUGUUCUAGAAGUGAGAAGUGUGCAUAAUAUGUUAACUUUAGAACUUGAAAGUUCAUGCAACGGUAAAUAAUGAAAUACUGAGAUACUCAAGAGUGGAUGAAGUCCUGAUCAUAGUCUUCCUACCAUACUCUUCACUGGAACCAGGAUAUUACCCAUAAACACAAGCCCAAAGGUGCUUUUCCUUUUUUUCUUUUUAAAAAGGAAACUAACAUUCAGUGUGUGUGACUUUUUUUUCCCAACUAUGAAAUAAAAACCCCUUACUCAAAUCCUGACAUUCUUUUUCAUCUUGCAUACUUAUAUGUACCGUGUGUGCACCUUGUAUUGGGGGCUAUGGAAGUCCUUUGCAGAGAAUAUAGACGCCUUUUUUUCAACAAGAAAUGUAUUUAUUGCUUCUCCAUUCCAACAAGGUGCUUCUGUCGCAAAAGUUAACAAUAUGUUAUAUUGAAAUAAAACUACUUACUUUUUUCAUUGUUUGUAAGAACAAUAUAGUGCUUUUAUCCGUGACAUGAAUUCUUAAAGCACACUGAAUUCCCAGUUACACGAGCCUUUUCUUCACAGCUCCUGGGUUAGAGGUGCUUGUGGGGGUAAGAGGUGCUGUUAGCAUGUGGGUCCAGGCUGGCACUGUGCUUUCCAGCCGUGACCUGCAGAGCCCACCUCGUCUAGGGCAGAACUGUGAGGCCCCACCGUGUUGCAUUUCUGAGAACACAAGGCAGGCACAUCCCCAAGCUUUAGUCUGGAGUGACUCUUUGGGGCUGAAGACAUGUGGAUUUCUCUCAGACUUGGUGCAAGUUAGAACAGAUUUGUACGGAAUUUCAACCAGCCUGUUUAGCCACUGAUGACGGUUAAGCUGGUGCAAGCUGUAGUGUGGCAAUUUUUUUUUCCCACCUUGAUUUAAAAAUUCAUUGCUCAGUUUAGCCUGUGAAUAUCCAUUUCAGGUUUCUUUUCCCCCUACACCAAGGUAGCAUUAGGUGGCAUUAGCUUUAGUAUUAUUCUGUGUUCUACUCACCAAUUAGCACCAGUUGAGAUGUAUUUAGCCCUGGAGGACUUGUGUGUUGGCUUUCUCACUGCAGAAAUACCAACUGCAUGUUGUUCAAAGACCCCAAAUGAAAUGCCCAGUGCCAUCCACCUGAAAUUGCUGUUAAUGUCUGAGAUGUGUGCUGGUGUCUGCCGGCUCAAGGGGCCUUGGCUCAUCUUUUCCCUAAGGGAUUUUACAGAAAGCUGCUGAAAAGAAAUGUACGGUCAUAAAUGAGUGUGUGUUUGCACACUUGUGUAAGAAUUUGAUAUAAUGUAUUGACAAAUGAAGUAAGAAGUUUAUGAUGAAUUUUGUGGUCUAAUUUUUGGCAAGGAGUAGGCUGCUUAAGGUUGUCUACUGGGAUGUUUAGUUGCUGAGGCAAGUUGUGUUAGAGUUAAUGGAUGAACUCCAGACCAAACUGUUGUCAAAAAGAUAACUCUUGUUUAUCUUUAUUAUUUAGAAUAGAUAUUGGGCAGAUAAAUACAAUAUGUUUUGGACACUUGUAGUAAGAAUUGCUUGUGUCUUGCUUUUGGACUGUCUGAAGUGGUUGAAGUGGUUUUAGCUCUUGUGUGUCCUGAAUCACCACUUGUAGAAGUCAAAGCUCUUUUAUACUGAGCAACACUUAAUAAUACUGCUUUAGGCAGAUAUUACCAAAACAAAGUGCCUCACCUCAACAUGAAGGAACCACCUCAAAAAAGAGCUGGUAUUUCAAUAUGUCCAUGCCAUAUUGGCAUCUCCUGUGCCUGCUAGCACAGUAGUAGUAGUUUUAGCAGUAACUUUUUUUUUGUAUUGUUAUAUAUGGUUAUAAGGCUUUCCUGUAGAAAAUAAAUGGAGAUCACCCAUUUCACAUUAGGUCAUUCAGCAGCUGUCGUCAUCCCCUGAACAUGGGCAGCACAGUUUAGAGAUAAGCUGGUGUCUGGUUUUUUCUUUGUUUUGUUUUUUACUCUAUAUUCCACUACUACUUCUAACAGCUUUAUGUUUCUGGGCUCCUAAGUUAAAUAGGUUUCUGUAUUCUCUAGAUACUUUUGUGUGCAAUGCAAAAAUGAUGCUUGUCUUUCCAAAAAAGCCACAACCAAAUAUCUGAAAUGAUCUGUGAGUUGAAUUUAUUGGGCUGUGCCUUUUCCAUGUACAUGAGCGUGAAAGCUAUUGUGGGAUAUAAACUUAUAUCUUGGUGAAUAAAUUUCAUAAUUUAACAAAACUUGUGUGGGACAAUUAUCCAAAUGCAUUUCCUCUAAGACAUGAUCAGCUUUCUCCAUGUUGAAAUAAUGUCAAAUUACAGAUAAUUUUGUUCUGCUUUGUGAAAUGUGGAAAAAGAGCUUAGGUUUGUGGCUGGCUUUUCUAAUCUGAUUGAAAAAUAAAAUUGAAUUUGUACUGGGUUUUUACACCGCUCUUUUUUCCAGGUCACUUAGUUGUUUUACCUGUCCUGUAAUUGCAUUGUCCUGCAAUAAAUAUUAUAAAUUAAUAAUUGUACCUCCCUAAAGGUUUUGCAAGUCCGAAUGCAGUACUGUCUUGACUGAUGACAUGAACAGUCAGUAUAUUGCCUUUCCCACUUCUGAAUAUAACACUGAAUUUCGUCUUGUGUGAGGACUGAGGUGAUUUAUCUACUAAAACUAACUUAAAUGUAAGUGUUGGUAUUUCAAGAAGUUAUGGAAAUUAAUUAUUUGCUUAGAUGAUACUUAGCAUUAGUGAAGGUUGUUCUGUCUUCACAGAUGUAAAUAACCUCUAAUUACAGUAUUGCAUAUUUUAAAGGGGUUUGGUUUACAUUAAAUUAUCCUAUUUAAACAUUUUUGCCUAUGUUUAUAGAAAAUUUUUUGUAACAUUUGGUUUUUGGAUAUGCUAAAUAAAAUUUUUUAAUUUCCA